AUGAACAAACCAUCAGUCACAGGCGUUAUCUCCACAGAAAAACUUCGAUGGCUUUUGGUGAAUCUGGAGGACGAGGUGGUUUUGGUGGACGCGGUGGACGCGGCAGGGGUGGUGGCGACAGAGGCGGUCGGGGAGGUCGGGGAGGUGGUAUGCGUGGUGGUGGUGGUGGCAGAGGUGCACCCAGAGGUGGUGGGCGAGGCCGUGGUGCUCCAAGAGGAAGAGGUGCUCCGCGCGGUGGGCGGGGUGGAGCCAAGGGUGGAUCUAACACUGUCCUUGAACCUCACCGACAUCCAGGAGUGCGAAUCUGUCUAUGGCGAAAAAAGAAUAUCCAUCGACGGCGGCGUUGACGGCACAAAAAUCGAAUAUCGUGUUUGGAAUCCUUUUCGCAGCAAACUUGCUGCGGGAAUUCUCAGCGGUCUUGACAACAUUUAUAUUCAUCCUGGUAAAAAAGUGCUUUAUCUCGGUGCAGCGAGCGGGACCAGCGUCAGCCAUGUCGCUGAUAUUGUAGGCCCAGAAGGGGUUGUCUACGCAGUGGAAUUCUCGCCGCGUUCAGGCCGUGACCUGAUCACUAUGGCAAAAAAACGAACCAACGUUAUUCCUAUCGUCGAAGAUGCUCGACUUCCGAACAAGUAUCGAAUGCUGAUAUCGACUGUGGACGUCAUCUUUGCUGACGUAGCGCAACCCGACCAAGCUCGUAUCGUUAUUCGCAAUGCGGAAAGUUUCUUGCGAGACAACGGCCAUGUCGUGAUCUCGAUAAAAGCGAGCUGUAUCGACUCUACUGCACCACCAGAUGUCGUUUUUGCCGCCGAGUUGCAGACACUGAAAGCAGGAAGGUUUAAACCUAUCGAGCAGGUUACUCUCGAGCCUUAUGAGAGAGACCAUGCGAUGAGCGACAACGCAGAAUACAAGGAAGCCUUCGCUCUCUUCGAUAAACGAGGAACUGGCUCUGUCCCCCGAGAAACAUUGGGCGAUCUACUGCGUGCAUUGGGCCAGAAUCCAACCCAAGCGGAGGUAGCAGAGAUCGUCAGUGCUGCUCCGCGCGAUGUUGACUAUAAGACAUUUCUGGCCAUUCUCAACCGACCUGAUGGUUUCAAGCCCGCCGGUACUGCCGAGGAGUUUAUUCGCGGUUUCCAAGUCUUCGAUAAGGACGGGAAUGGGAUUAUCGGUGCGGGGGAGUUACGCUAUGUCUUGACGCAACUUGGAGAGAAAAUGACCGACCAGGAGGUUGAUGAGUUACUCAAAGGAGUCCAAAUUGGGGCCGACGGAAACGUCAAUUACGAAUCGUUCGUCAGGACGAUCUUGUCGCAGUAG